CAAGUGUCUGAAUCUAAAAGUCGCUGCUGCUCAUUAGUUCAUCGUCAGAUAUUCACACAGUCUCUGGUCGACGGGGGAAAGUCGGUGCUGAUGGAUAUUUUCUCUACAUGCAACUAGCACAUGACGACAGAGGAGACAUGUCACUGAGGGGAAGUGAUCCACAGGAAGUAAACCCCACAUUUCACUUUUUACUAAGAACCGAGAAGCAGAGAAGAGAAAGAAGAAGAAUGGAUGAAAUCAAACGGAUUAAAUUGUCUUUACAUCUGCUACUGGUGCUGAUUCCAUUUACAGUGCUCACUGACCAAUUUUCCUCCAUCAUCAUCAGAGCUGGAGCUGAAGUCACUUUGUCUUGUGGAAAUGUGAGAGAUGAUCAUGUGAACUGUGGAGCUAAUGAGUGGUUCUUCAGUAAUUCAAAGGGGACUGGAACAGUAAAACUGUUUGUAAACAGGCAGCUCGACACAUCUGAGAUUUCCAAAUCUAAAGCAGACAGACUACGUCUUGCUGCAAACUGUUCUCUGGUUAUUAGUGAGGUCACAGCUGAAGAUGCUGGUGAUUACAACUGCAGAGAGUCUGACCUGACAACACAAACAUAUGAACAUCAUCUGUUUUUUAUCUCUGUUGUCAACGUGACUGAGCAGAAGAGAAGUGAUGAGGUGACGUUGAGCUGCUCUGUGUCCACAUGUAGAGGCUGUGUCCUCACAGUGAAGUGGCUGUUUAUGAAUAAAGAUGUGACUGAAAACAACAAAGACCUGAAGACAUCACAGUCUUCCUCCUCGGCCAAUGUGAGCUUCUCAAAAUCCCAUUUUGUUCACAAGAUGAAGAACUAUAGCUCAUUAACAUGUAAAGUGAAGCAUCGUGGCAAAGAGGAAAAGUUUUCCUUCAUCCCUCCGUCAUCAGAAGGAAAGAACGAACCAGCUCCAGGAAACAAUGAGAUGACAACAGAUUGGUGGAGGUACAUCGGUCCGGUUGUGGGUUUUGCCACAAUCAUAAUAUUGGUUGUGAUUCUCAUCAGAUGGAGAAGAAACAAAGCUACAGACACACAGAUGAACGCAGAUGAAAACAGAACCUUCUCUGUGGAGGAGACGAGAGGUUUUGAUGAACCUGACUCUUCUCUCUGCGAGGCCAACUCUUCUGUUCCUGUCGUCUCAGGGAACAAAACACAGACGCACAAACACACGGUCGACCCUGCAGAGGAUGUGUUCUACUCCUCCAUCAGCCACUCCCCUUACAGCACGGCCCAGAUCCAGGGUGGUGAUGAUGCAGUGACCUACAGCACUGUGAAAGCUCCCUCCUCUUCUCCUGGACCCUCAGCUGAUCCCAGCAGCCUCUAUGCCACCGUCACGUUCAAUCAAUAGAGACAUGGAGAGACUCGUCCUGGAGAAAACCAGAGGCUUCAGAACUCAGUCUCCCAGGAUGCAUCAACUUCACACAGAGGAGUGAAAACCGACCAGAGACACAAGUUUCAACUCCUAUUGGUCACUCUGGGCCCCAUGACCUGUGAGGUCACCAGACCAAUAUAAGGCCAGGUCUCCCCCUCUUCAUUCUCUUUCCAUGUAACGCCGAGGAGAGAAGCCCGGCUUCUCCAGCUCAAAUCUUCUCUUUCCAUUCACCUCUACGAGAGGAGCACACCUCUCUCUCUGUUCAAGAGCUGCAGCUUUCCACUCACCGAGCGAGAGAAGCCUCCUCCAAAUCCAAGCUCUACCAACCUUCACACGAGGGCCUGACAAAGAACUGCAUCAGAGCUGUAUGCACAACAGAACCACAAAGACAGGAGCCACACAACCAGCAAGACGACUUCACAGAACUUCAGACAGCACCUUCUUUUUUCCUUUCCACGGACGUCCACGCCACCGUCAACGAGCCCAAACCAAUCAGAGACCACAGCACCUGAGAGACAUUUACCUGCUUUGUGUCUUCACUCAUCCCAGAAGACCAAGAAUAAAGCCAGAGGACACCGACAGUUUGAUCUGCAGUUAUUUAUCGUUACAUGAACCAACAUUUACUUGAAUCUCUGCUGUAUCUGUUUUCUUUUAACAUUUCAUUUCCAUGAUAAAGUUCAACAGUUCAUGUACAAGCCUUUCUGUCAGGGGGGGGGGGGGCUGUAAGGGAAGUAGUUGGUCAACGUGAGAAACAGGAACCUCACGUUCAUGUCACUGUUUCUCAUGAAUUCAUGUGAUAAAUGUUUUUUUUUCUUUUGUAGAGUUUAUUAUUUAUUUUAUACCCAGACCCAUGGUCAGAUUCUUGUUGAGUUUAAUGCUGUUGUGUCUUUGUUUGUGUGUUAACAACAGAUUUCAUAAUAAAGACUGGAGACAUUU